AUGGCCGCGAUGCUCUCGGACGACUUUUCGCUUCCGCCUCGACGUCUUGCAGACUGGCUGCUCGAUGUCUAUUUCAACAGCAACCAUACAUUCUACCCCUGGUUUCAUAAAGAAAGCUUUUUAGCCACAUAUGAAGGUUUAUGGACUAACCAAGAGAACAACACGAGCAAGAACCUUCCAGACGUGGGCCUCGGUGGUUUGGAUUGCCCACCCACUGUAUUCAAUUGUGCUUUGAAUGCAGUUUUUGCCAUAGCGUGUGAAUUUUCCAAUAUGGACCCUUGUGACAAGCGAACCUCUUCUAUGAUGUUUUAUGAACGGAUGAAGAGCUUAAUGAACAUUGAUAUCCUCGACAGCGGAAGUCUAGCCCAUGUCCAAGCGCUAUUGAUAGUCGCGAUAUAUCUGCAGUGCACACCAUACCCCAAAAGAUGCUGGAAUGUGAUCGGGAUGGCACAUCGGAUGGCAGUCGGCCUCGGUCUGCGAAAUCGCCGACAGUUCAGCCACAUGACUGCUCUGGAACAGGAGAUACGCUGGCGAGCCUGGUGCGCUUGUGUACAAAUGGAUGUAAUAAUUAGUAUGACGAUGGGACGUCCACCCAUGACCCCAGAUCACUCAAGAGUUCCGUUGCCCUCACCGAUUGAUGACAAAUACCUUUCUCUCGACAAACAAGGAAGUCAACAGCCCGAAGGAACAAUAUCUACGAACCAAUUCUGGCACGAAAAUAUGAAGCUCAUUGGAAUCCUUUGGAAGGUCCUCUUAAAAAUCUAUCACAGUGAAGACGAUUCCUCAGACGAGGAACACUCACCCUCGCGUGGAAAGAAUUCCAAGGAUGUUAUGGAGAUAGAUAAAGCGCUGGAAGAAUUCGAAGCCUCACUCCCCGCCGUCUUUGCAUGGAAGCUACCCAAUAUUACAAUUUCAAAUCGCACUUUCCGCCGACAAUCCAACGUUCUCCAUGCUAGGUAUCUACACUUGAAGCUGUUGUUAUACCGGCCUACCUUCAGCGUUUACUGUUCCGCCACUAUGUCUCCUUCCGACCAGGCGCAGCCUGGCUUCUGGUCAAUUCUUUACCGCCAGAAUGCUGCCCUGAGAUGUGUACAAGCUGCGUGUGAUCUCAUUCAUUCGCUGUCAAAAGCCACAACAGAGGAUGCAACAGGUGCAUGGUGGUACGGAGUAUUUUAUUUAAUCAGUGCUGGCAUCAUUCUUGUUCUUACCGAAUCAAGUGGCGCGGACUUCAGCGGUAUAACUCCAAUGCAACUGGAAGAUUCGUGGAAUGAAUGUAUUGAAACACUGAACCGAAUGAUCGGGGUACACCCAUCCGCCCGAGAUUAUUGCAUUGCAUUAGACGAGCUUCGACAUAGCGCAAAAUUAUCUCGAAGUGAGACUCAUCCGCUCUACGUCCUCCUCGAGUCCAGCUAA